UUGCCACAACAAACACACAAUUCAAAGAAAUUAAGGUUUUGAGAAUUCAGAGAUGAAAGAUUCAUUAGUGAUCUCUCUUUUUGCCCUCUUGGCUUUGGCUUCCUCAUUUGCUUCUGCCUAUGACCCCAGCCCUCUCCAAGACUUUUGUGUCGCUCUCAAUGAUACCAAAGUUGGAGUAUUUGUGAAUGGGGAAUUCUGCAAAGAUCCCAAGCUUGCCAAAGCAGAAGACUUCUUCUACCACGUAAUGCCAGGUAACACAUCCAACCCAUUGGGCUCCAAAGUGACUCCAGUGACUGUGCAAGAAAUUCCAGGACUCAACACUCUUGGUAUUUCCCUUGCUCGUGUCGAUUUCGCACCAUACGGUUUGAAUCCUCCCCACACUCACCCUCGUGGCACUGAGUUGUUGAUCGUCAUCGAAGGAACUCUCUUGGUUGGAUUUGUGGCUUCCAAUCAAAAUGAUAACCGCCUCUUCACCAAAGUCCUCAACAAAGGAGAUGUGUUUGUGUUCCCUAUCGGUCAGAUUCACUUUCAACUCAAUAUCGGGCAUGACAAUGCUGUAGCCAUUGCAGGUCUCAGCAGCCAAAAUCCAGGAGUGAUUACCAUUGCUAAUGCUCUGUUUAAAUCCAAUCCUCUCAUCUCUCCUGCGGUUCUCACUAAAGCCUUCCAAGUUGACAAGAGCAUAAUUGCUUAUCUUCAGAAGCAAUCUUGGUAUGACAAUAACUAAACAGACCGUCUAGUGCCCAUCCGUAAUUCUACUUCAUGUUGAUUUCUGUUUCAUUCAACUCCAAUUAUAACUUUUUUUAGUGUCCAACUCCAAUUGGAUCUUUUAAUAAAUAAAUAAUUAAUACCCCCGCAGGCUUACGUUGUACCUUUUCUCUGUUUGUAAUUUCAUUCAUUUGGUUUCCUGUACGUGCAUGUUUCGUGCGUGCGUGUACCCACUUCAAUAAAACUACAGUUUUGUGAAACAA